GGAGUGUGUAAGACUUUCAGCGCUCAUGAAGCUCGCUGUGUGUGUUACGAAGACUGCCCUUCCUAUCAUGACCCAGUGUGCACCGCGAAUGGAACAACAUACGACAACAAAUGCUGGCAUGAGCUGUACUACUGUAGAGGACUGGAGAAUAAUCUUGUGUAUCACCCAGGAAGCUGUGAGGGUUUCCCAACUGUGCAUGGUCGAGUAGAACUUCUUCGUGUUCCAAAGUGGUCCGAUUCAAGCUGUCAGACGGUCGCUUUUCCGCCAUACCGCUUUUAUCCAGAUAAACCGGUCCAUGUGCAGAUAACCGUCAAUCAUAUGAAUCUAAACGAUUCUGAAACUGUUCACGACGUCAUUACUUCUUGGACUGAAAACAUCAAUACAAAGAAUUUCACAGUUUGCGCAAUGCAAUCUGGGAGAAAGAGCAAGAACUUUAAUCCAUUCGCGACUGUUGAUUGGAUGGCGUAUCAGGGAACACCACCGAAAGGAAUGACGGGAGAAAUCGCGAUGCAGAAAUGGUGGUCUGGAACAAAUUGCGCAGAUGUAACUUUUCCCAAGAAUAAGUUUAAGGAUGAGCCUGAAGUACUCAUAACAGCAGAACAUCUAAGGACUGGUAAGGAGUAUGAUGCCGCGCUGAUCUGGACAGAGGAUAUCACCAAGGACUCAUUUAAAGUCUGCCUCCGAGAAUUGUAAAACUUUGAUGGAAAACAUGAAGAUAUUAGUGUGAACUGGUUGGCGUUUUCUAAACUUCACAAACCGCUCUUCACUGAACAUGGCUCCGUCAAGUUUCCAAACACAAACCCACCAACAAAUGAAAACAACAACGCUUUCUGCGAGGUAAGUUUACAGCUGCAUGAAAAAUCAA